AAAAACGCCAACCCACCCUAUCUUCCCCCGCGUCUCGCGGCCGCAGGAUCGAGGGCCCAAGUCUCACGCCACACCUUCGCCCUAAGAUUGCGUCCCGGUGACAGCGGUUACAAGGAAGUGCGCCGACCAGAGACUAAAGUUCGCGCCUAGUGCGAGAGACGAUAGGGGAAGUGCGGGGUUUCGCUCGAUCGAGCCUCACCGCCUGACAUGAUGCUAAUGCUGCUGAUGUGCGUCAUCAUGAAGAUCGCGGAGGAGCUGACGGUCGACAGGGCGGCCGAGCCCAUGCCCGUGGCCCGGAUACCCUGCUGCGACCGAGGGAAGCUUCGACUACGACGUGGACGCCGAUUCGGCAAGCGGGCUUACAAAACAAUAUCAAUGAUGGAAGACCCGCAAACUCCGGGCUCGGAUUGCAAUUCCAAUCCAGCGAGUGAUCCUCUGAAUCUCGUUGGUUCGGAAUUCAUCCAAGAUAAUAUGGAGUAUCAAUGGUUCAUAGAUUAUAGAUACUACAAAGCACAUUGCACAAGUUACAGAGAUGGAGGGUUGCAUGUGCAUCCCAGCGUCUUGUCUUCUCUCUCAGCCUCUUAUAAUAAAGAUGACUUGGGUUACUACGAUGACCUGGCUCGCAAUCUGGAUGCCAAUCUGGCAGAAGUGGACAUGGAGAGUUUUAGAACUGCAGACAUUCAUACGCUGCUUACAGCAUUGCCAGUCAUGUGUACCGAUCCAGUCCAACAUUCCGAAUUUAACUACCAACGUGAAAGAUUUGCCAGUAUAUCUGGCUCCGUCAUGGAAAAGCUCGACAUCAGUUCCUCCAUUAGUCCUCGAGCUAGCAGUCAGGGCGAGGAUUCGGCAUGCUCCACCGCGGACACCAUAUCCAUUUGCAAGUCUUCGCUGCUGUUCUCCCCGGUGAAGGAGCUGCCGAUGCUUCCUCCGGGCGGCAGCUACAGCGUCGACUCCCUCGAUUGCGAGGACAUGCUGAUAACCUGCCAGACGAACAACAAGAAUAACUACACGAUCGCGUUCGAAGGCAGCAUCGCUAUGUACUCAGAUGGCUCGCAAGACUUCGACAAUCAAGAAAAACAAAAGGUUUACGAAGUGCCAGAUACGUAUUACGACAAGGCUUUAAACUUCAAGAAUUUAUUGAGCUUGUCGAUGGCCUGCUCCGAUUCCAAAAUCUACACGACCUGGAGCAAUCUAAAACACUCGUCUAUUAGUAAAACGAUAACGCGGCACCCGUCUGGCAAUAAUAAUACGACGCCAAAUUUCCUUCAGACGAAUCCUGUUAUUAGCACCAGUGCCGCUCGAUUUAUCAUCCCGGCGAAAACGAGGAGUCAAAGUUUACCGGAUCUCAGUAGGGCAAAUGAAGUUGAGCGCAUCGAGAUGCCCCUCAAUUUUUCCGUCGACUCUGGCGAAACAAGCAGCCGCAGUGGUCGACUCCAGAGCUCGGGAUCCUUCGCGAGCCGCUCAAUGAACGAGGAGAGCUCGGACAGCGUAGGCAACACCUUGUCAUCGAAUAAGAAACUCCAUAACAUGAGCCUCGUGCGUCUGUUUAUGAAACAGAAAAGCAUGAGUACCGAGGGCAUGAGUCUGGUCCUCGAUCAGACGGAUACGAGCACGGAUACGGCCUGGCCGACGAGCAGCAACAGCGAGAGCGGCACCAACAACACCCAGAUACAUAGGCCUCAGCAGGCCCAGCAGGGAAGUAUCAACGCUCCCAGCAACGAUCUCGCUAUCAAGUGGGUCAAGACCGACAAUUACAAUGGCGACAUUCCCAAGAGGUCCUCUAACUGCUCGACCUCCAUGGAGGAUCUGCUGAAUACGUCGAAAUCCGCUUCUUCGGGCGCCAAGGACACCAGCUUCAGCCAGAUUAAGCAGAAAGAGAUCAGCACAAAGACUACCACGGGCACCCAGGUGAUGACGGAAGUGGAGGACAAUGGCGUGCAGACAUCCAUGAUUUAUCCAUCGCUUAGUAACAGCAAGGAAUUCAAUAAUUUGUCACCCCGUGAAACCGUUGACGAGAAGCAGGUGUUCGUGGUAUACCCGAACUACACCCUACCUGACCUGUCCUUCCUCAACAGCUCGGAGACGCGCUACGACAACAUCGCUCUUAAGCCUCAAAUGUUCAAUAAGCGGAUAGGAAAGACCGGCAGACCCUUUUCCUGCAACGACGUCGACGCGCUCAAGCAGCGUGGCUUCUCACACGUCAAGGACUGGGAGUCCCUCACGUUCUUGCUACCCAAUCAGUACCGCAAGAUACUGCACGACGUGCCCGAGGCCUCGAGACACUUGCGCACCUUGGGCGAGGAGGCGAGGAUGCCGCUCUUCUGUCUGACCCCGCCGAUAAAACCCAGAAGGCGAACGCUCAGCGACAUCAUCCCCAAUACCAUUAUAACGUCAAGCAGCAGCACCGCAACACAGCCUUCAUCCGGCUACAGAGGCUCCUCCACCAUAUUAUCCGACUCUUCCUCGAAUCAGCAAAAUUCUGGCAAUGCUGCUCUGGGUAACAAUCCACUGUACCUGUACCGCUACGACAGCGUCUCGUCGGAGGCGUCACUGCUUGGCCAGGAGAAGAUCCUGCCGAGUCGACAUCCGGCCAGUCAGCAGCGCAACUUUACUGCACCGAGUCUCCCCAAGCGCUCUAUCUCCUUGCCUCAAGCUGCGGAAUUGGUGUCGGCACCUCCACGGCCACCUUUGCCGCGUAGCAUUCUCCGGAAAAACCGAGCCGCGGCGGCGGCGGCUGCGGCAGCGGCAGCGGCAGCGGCAGCAACCGCUGCCACUACGGUCGGUAAGCGCUGCAGCAUGUUCGAGAUGGGUCAGAUGAACGAGGUGGAAGUCGGCGGCAAGCAUCAUGGCUUUGGCCAGGAGAACAAGAGGAUGUCGCUGCAGGAACCCUAUUACAUGAAUAACGAUUUAUACAUGUUCAGGCCUGCGGAUGCCGUUGACUCUGAGAAGGAUAUCGACGAGAUUGAAGAGAGACAGCGAUUCGACAGGCUGAAAGGAUCGGAUAAUAUGGACUUGGAAAGCAGUGGUGAGGAAGUAAGACAAUUGGAAGAUUUUUUAAAGCGUAGUGGCAUUUCAUCCCAUAGCAGUGACGGAGACACAGGCAGCGAAUGCGAUUCGGAUAUGAAAUUACGAUCGUGUGUAAGGAGGUUCCUGUCUCUCAAGAUGAAUCAGGAUAUGGCAAAAAUUAUCGACAUAGCCGAUUCACAAAAGAAAACCGUGAGCUUCGCUGUUACUAAGAAGCCGAGAUACUCCGAGAAUAAAGCAAACGUAGGAGAGGAGAAAGAGCGCUUGAAUGUGAGUGAAUCUGCGGAUAUGAACGCUGAGGUGAAACUUCCCGAUUUAGACGACAAAAAACAAAUGAUUUGGUCAGUGGAGGAGUCCGUGGAGGCUUUGCUGAAAUUCUGGCAUAGCGAGCCCGUGUGCAGCCGUCAGGGUUACAACGAUGGCAACGAGUGCUCUCAGCUUUGUCUCAGUCAGCUAUGCCCAGCACUAUAUGCCGUCAUGUCCGACGGCUUGAAACCGCACCUCAAUUCAACGUUCGGACCCAUCGCCAAUAGCGUUUGGCAAGUCGUUGAAGCUUCGUCUCAACAGGGCCCAUUGACGAAGACGCUGAAUGACCUUGUGCAGAAAAUCAACGGAGAGGAUUUCAUCACCGAAGGCAUGCUCAAGUUCCAUGCUUUCGUCUUUGGUUUGCUCAAUUUGCGAGCGCUCGACGCCUGGUUCGCCUACCUAUGCACGCGCGAAUCAAUUUUACGCAAGCACUACAACAACAACAGCUUGUUCAUCGGAGCAUUGGGCAACUCGGACAGCCGUAUGAUCGUCAACACUUUCCUCAACACCCUCCAUCCGCUGUCGCGCUGCCCCUUCCAAUUGGAUUUGCUCUACCAAUACAGACAAUUGCACAAUAGCUUCGGUCAGGGCAGUGCUCUUAAUUUGGAGGGGAAGAAGCCAACAUCGACGAGGCCAAGGUCCUGCGUCAUAUACGACACAAGACAGCAGGAGAACGGCGAGAAAAAGGCCGUGGAAGAGAUGAAGAAGAGAUGGAGUCACAUGCCUCUCGGCGCCAAGUUUCACGUUUUCGAUAAACUUGAAGAUUCGGAGGAUUAUACGGAUAGUUUGGAGCAUUCGCCACUUAACAGAGCUAGCCCGAAGAGAGUCGUACACACGAAACAGCAGUUGAAGUUACCGGAAUCCAGAGAUUCAAAGUUGCGAAGGGAAGUAGUGGAAACCGUUGCAGAGCCGACAGUCGUCGGCGACACAAAGUUCCGGAAACUCCAGGAGAAGUGGGAGCAUCUUGGCCGCGACGACGGUGGUGGCGUUAAGGAGACCACUGGGCUUACGGUACCGCCGUCGCCGACCCGGACGACACCCACCGGCCUCGGCAAGUCGAAGAUCCCGCGCCCGCUCACCUCGCCGGUGAAAACGUCGGCUGGCCUCGUGCCAAAGACGAUCAAGUCACCCUCGGGCAUCCCCUCCCUAAAAAAACUAGCCGCCGGAAUUGGCGGGACGACGACCAAGGUGAGCCAGACGGCGAAGAAGUUCGCCGUGGAGCAGAGGAACGGUAAAGAUUCACCGAGGCGAACCAGCCGGCUCGAUCAGGAGAGCACGGGUAUGCCGAGGACGCACCUCACGAGGCCGAGCUCCUUGCCGUACAAGACCCAGAGCACCGGGGCCAAGGAGAAGAGCGCCGUGUCGCCCCACAGAAGGGCAGCCUCGACCUCACUGCCGAGGCCACACUCAAUCGCCGGACCUCCUAAAAGUCUGCCGCCCAAGCAGACGCCCAAGGUCGUACGUACGCUGACGAGCAAACCAAAAUCCGAGGAUGGACAUCUGUCGUUCAGCGAGGGUGAAAAGCUGAAGGUAAUCCUCGAGGUGGACAACAAGUGGCUGCUGUGCGCGAGAGGAGAGCGAAAGGGACUCGUGCCGCGCAAUUGCGUGAGAUCCAUACAGACCUAACAACAGACGACGAUCGUCUCCAGGACCAACGGUGGUAGGUAGAUCGCUCGUCCUCGACGUGGCCAAAAGAUGUACAUAUUGAAGUUAAAAGAGACGGCCAAGGAGAACAAUGUAUUUAAGCGGCAUAAUGUGCAAGUGAAAGAGGUCCAAACAAAUAGAAUGCUAAUUAUUAUUAUUAUUAUUAUUAUUAUUAUUAUUAUUAUUAUUAUUAUU